GAGCAGCAGCCAUGAAGGGUUUACGCUUGCUGAUAGUGCUACUCUGCCACUUGCCCAGUACUUGGAUGAUGCCCCAACAACUAGAAGCCAACCAAGAGUUGGAUAUGAAUGGAAUUUACUUGGACAGACUCUUGCUGAAUGUGAAUACAAGUGUUAAUCCUUGCGAUGAUUUCUAUGGUUAUGCAUGUGGCAAUUGGAGUAACAAUUACAUAGACACGGAUAUCUACUUGGAUAUGCCGGGCUAUAUGGAUUAUUUCUACAAUAAGCAGUUGCUCAGUGCUCUGGAGGAAAAGCACUCUGAUGGGGGCAUAUUUGCACAACUCUGGGCGUAUUACAAUUCAUGUCUAAGUCUGAAGCAGCCAUCGCUGAACGAAAUGUUGCAUUUGGUGGAGGAUGAACUCGAUUUCGAAUGGCCCAUCUUUAGGAUCAAUCAAAGUGAACCAUGGGCCAAUGAGACCCAUUUCGAUUGGCUUGGCACAUUGGCCAGACUAAGAGUAUAUGGCCUGAAUGGAAUAUUUUUGAGACAGGAAGUGAAUGUGAGACGUGAGAAUGGUUCCCACUACGUCUUGCACUUAAUGCAACAGCAGCCAGUUGCAGUCAAAUCCCAAUUGGCUGAGCAACAAGUGCUUGACUUAUAUAUAGCUUUUGGCUUAAACAAGACAUUGGCUCAAAAUCGAACAGGCAGACUUUUGCAAUUGGAAUGGCAAGUUGGCAAUCUGACGAAUAUGUAUCCAGAAAACGGAAAUGAAAGCAUCGGCUCUGAAUUGCCCGAGUGGACACUAAAGCAAUUGACUGAGAAGUUGCCUCAAUUGGAUUGGAGAUAUUAUUUUAGCACUUUAUUGGCUCGCCCUCUGCCCGAUAAGCAGCUGAUACAAGUGGUCCAACUCGAGGAGAGUUAUCUUGACCGGCUACAAGUGAUACUUGACAAAAGUUCCAAUGAAACAUUGGCCUAUUACAUUAUGUUCAAGUUACUCUAUUACUUCAAUGAGGAAUUGCCUUUGGCAGGGAAAGAUCAGGAUUCCUCAAUUGCCUGCAUCCAUCAGCUACGGGGCCACAUGCCCUUGGCCAUGAACUAUCUGUACGAACAAAGCAACUAUGCGGCACGACGAGAUGUCUAUGAUGCAGCUUUGCAGCAAAUGAUGGCAAAUAUUCAAGAACAAUUCGAUAAACUCCUUCAAGAGAAUCGUCUGCACUUGAAUAGUGAGGAGAUGUCCUAUGUGAGGGAAGAGCUUGGCACGUUGAGUCUCAAAAUAGGCAAUAUUCCCCACCAACUGACAGAGAAACAAGUGGGCCAAUACUACAAGGACCUUCAUUUGCAUCCCUUACGUUUUUUUAGCAACAAGUUGCAAUUGCUUAAAAUGAACUCACAACUCGUUCAGCAGAUGUUGCUUAAUCUACCCCAGCACGAAGGCUAUUAUCACCAGGAGGCGUCCGUUUCACAGAACUCUUCGCCUGUGAAAAUCUUUCAGAAUGCCAUUGUCCUACCCUAUGGCUAUUUACAAUUGCCAAUUUACGAUGUACGCAUCGAUAAACUGAUGCAGUACUCGCAAUUUGGAUUCAUCUUGGCCCAUGAGCUGCAACAUGCUUUCGAUCUCUUUCACAUUGUGUACGACGCCAGGGGCAACUAUAAUGAGACCGGCCUUGGUUUGGUCCAGCAUUUUCUGGAGUUUAUCAAUUGCUAUGCCAAGAGCCCAUCGGACCAUGUCCUGCUCUCGGAAACUAUGUCGGAUAUUGUGGGUCUGCGGCUUACCUUUGCCGCCUACUUUGACCAAAUUAAGCCAACAGCAGCAACAAGAACAGAAGAGAACCCACAUCUCUCUCACUCUAGGGGCAACUACACAGACGAACAGCUCUUUUUUCUCAAUUCGGUGCAGUUUUUGUGCGGUAACAUGCAGAAAAUUGAGGCAAUGGCCUACAGUGGAGAUGCCGAGCAUGGAUUGCACAACAAACGAGUCAAUCGCAAUUGGGCCCAUCAUGAACACUUUGCUAGGACCUUUCACUGUUCACCCGGUCAAACUAUGCAUAAAGAAGAAAUUUGUCGUUUGUGGUGAGAGGGAACAUUUAAUUUUAAACAAAGCUCUGAACAUCUUGAAUGUUGUUAAUUAAUGUGUUCUGCUAAAAUCGAAUUCGUUGAAAAUAAAACUUUGUUUUUUCUCAGUA